AUGCGUCUCACCAGUCUCCUCUUUGCUGGCGCUGCUGCCGCUGCCGUUAUCACCCCCAACCCGAGUGAGUCGCUGGGCUUCACGGCUCCCGCUCCUGGGGAGAUCAAGAUCAUCAACGUCACCGCUAUCGGCUCGGGCUGCCCUGCUGGCCACGCCUACAUCAACGUGGAUGCUACAGGCACCAUCUUCGACGUUGCCUUCGACGAGUACAUCGUGAGCGCCGGCCCGGGUAGCAGCGUCUCGGAUAGCCGCAAGAACUGCCGGAUUAGUAUCAACCUGCAAUUCCCCUCUGGAUACCAGUUCUCCGUCAUCGAGACUCGCUUCACCGGCUAUGCUAGCCUUUCGGAGGGUCAGACCGGUACCUGCCGCGCCGGCUACACCUUCGCUGGCGAUAGCACCCAAGAGGUUGUCUUCCAGAAGAACAUCCUUGCCCCGUACGAGGACAACUACAACAUGAUCGCUGGUGUCGGUGUUGAGUCCUUCUCGCGCUGCGGCGGCACGACAGCCAUCCUCAACGUCAACUCGGAGAUCCGCAUCACGCCCAUCUCUACCCCCAACCGGGGGACCAUGACUGUGAGAAACCCCUACAAAGUGGCGCUGCAAUGGCGCCGCUGCGCUUGA